AUGGCCUACCGAGGCCGAGGUGGUGGUGGUGGUGGCCGCGGUGGCGAGCAGCGUCCGUCGUACUCCGGCCGCGGCGACCCAGGCCGUGGCGCGGCGGGGGGUGGCCGCGGCGGUGGCGGCGCUGGAGGCCAGCCGUACCGGGCCACCGGCUUCGUGUGGCCGCCGCCGGGGAUGACGCCGCGACCGGGGCCGCCUCCGCCGCAGUACCAGCAGCCGCCCCAGCACGGCGUCGUGUACAGGGUGCCGAUGCCGGCGCCGCACCACGGCGUGUACCAGGCCGGGGCGCCGCAUGUCGUGUACCGCGCGCCGUCCCCCGGGGCUCCUCAUCAUCUGCCUGGUGGCUACCCGCGCAGCACGCCUGUCACCAUCCGGGCGCCCCCGUCGUCGACCUCGCCGGCUCCGACGACGUCGUCGUCUUCCUCCGCGCCGUCCUCCGUGGCUCUGGCAAAGGAGGUCGAGCAGAAGCUGUUCGUGACGGAGACCGCGCUGGCGCCGCCCGCAGCGGCGGCGUCGGCCGCUGCCGCUGCCUUGCCGGCUGGUGAGGCGGAGGACGCGGCGGACAAGGAUCUGGCGCCGGUCUCGAAGAAGGGGCUCGCCCACCCGGCGCGGCCGGGCUAUGGCGCGUCUGGCAGGAAGGUCAUGAUCCGCGCGAACCACUUCCUCGUGAACGUUGCCGACAACAAUCUCUUCCACUACGAUGUUUCUAUCAAUCCUGAGUCAAAAUCAAGAGCAACAAAUAGGGAAGUACUCAAUGAGCUCAUCAAGUUGCAUGGGAAGACAUCUCUUGGUGGCAAACUGCCUGCCUAUGAUGGAAGAAAGAGUCUCUAUACUGCUGGCUCGCUUCCUUUUGAAUCGGAGGAGUUUGUCGUUAAACUGAUUGAUCCAGAAAAGAGGGAUAAAGAAAGGGCAGAGAGGGAGUACAAGAUCACAAUUCGAAUUGCUGGCAGAACAGACUUGUACCACCUCCAGCAGUUUCUGCUUGGAAGACAGAGGGAUAUGCCCCAAGAAACCAUUCAAGUUCUUGAUGUUGUCCUCAGGGAGUCACCAUCUUGGAAUUAUGUCACUGUGUCCAGAUCCUUCUUCUCUACCCAGUUUGGUCACCGGGGUGACAUUGGUGAGGGGCUUGAGUGUUGGAGAGGUUACUAUCAGAGCUUGCGCCCAACACAGAUGGGCCUUUCACUGAAUAUAGAUAUAUCGGCAACAUCCUUUUUUAAGCCCGUGACAGUGAUACAAUUUGUGGAAGAGUUCCUGAACAUUCGUGACACAUCAAGACCUUUGUCAGACCGUGAUCGUGUGAAGAUAAAGAAAGCAUUACGUGGGGUACGCAUUGAAACGAACCACCAAGAGGACCAAAUUAGAAGAUACAAGAUAACAGGGAUUACCCCCAUUCCUAUGAGCCAGCUGAUAUUUCCUGUUGAUGAUAAGGGAACAAGGUCGACUGUUGUUCAGUACUUCUGGGAUAGGUACAAUUACAGAUUGAAGUAUGCUUCUUGGCCCUGCCUACAGUCUGGCAGUGAUUCUCGUCCUGUAUACUUGCCUAUGGAGGUGUGCAAGAUUGUAGAAGGGCAAAGGUACUCCAAGAAGCUCAAUGACAAACAAGUGACCAACAUUCUUAGAGCAACCUGUCAACGCCCCCAGCAGAGGGAACAGAGCAUUCAUGAGAUGGUUCUCCACAACAAGUAUACAGAGGAUAGGUUUGCUCAGGAGUUUGGAAUCAAGGUCUGCAAUGACCUAGUCUCUGUUCCAGCCCGUGUGCUGCCUCCACCCAUGUUGAAGUACCAUGAUUCUGGAAGGGAGAAAACUUGUGCACCUAGUGUUGGACAGUGGAACAUGAUUAAUAAGAAAAUGAUCAAUGGAGGAACUGUGGAUAACUGGACUUGUCUGAGUUUUUCACGAAUGCGUCCCGAGGAAGUGCAAAGGUUCUGUGGCGAUCUGAUCCAGAUGUGCAAUGCCACUGGAAUGUCUUUCUACCCAAAACCUGUUGUGGAUGUCCGGUCAUCAAAUCCCAACAACAUAGAAAAUGCUCUGAGAGAUGUUCAUAGGAGAACAACAGAACUGCUAGUGAAAGAGGGAAGGGGGAGUCUGCAGCUUUUAAUUGUAAUUCUGCCUGAAGUUAGUGGUUCUUAUGGGAAAAUCAAAAAAGUCUGUGAGACUGACCUUGGCAUUGUAUCUCAAUGUUGUUUGCCGAGGCAUGCCAGCAGGCCAAACAAGCAAUAUCUGGAAAAUGUUGCACUCAAAAUUAAUGUCAAGGUUGGAGGGCGCAACACAGUUCUUGAGCGAGCCUUUAUACGCAAUGGUAUACCAUUUGUGUCAGAAGUCCCAACAAUCAUUUUUGGUGCUGAUGUGACACACCCCCCACCUGGAGAGGAUUCAGCAUCAUCUAUUGCUGCGGUGGUAGCAUCAAUGGAUUGGCCAGAAAUCACCAAAUACAGAGGUCUGGUCUCUGCUCAACCACAUAGACAGGAGAUAAUAGAAGAUCUCUUUAGUGUUUGUAAAGAUCCACUGAAGGGAACUGCAAAUGGUGGAAUGAUCAGGGAUUUACUUAUUGCUUUCCGCAAGAAGACAGGUAGAAGGCCUGAGAGAAUAAUCUUCUAUAGAGAUGGUGUAAGUGAAGGUCAGUUCAGCCAUGUGCUUCUUCAUGAAAUGGAUGCCAUCAGAAAAGCUUGUGCUUCUUUGGAGGAGGGAUAUCUGCCUCCUGUCACAUUUGUAGUAGUCCAGAAAAGGCAUCACACAAGGCUUUUCCCAGAGGUUCAUGGGAGACGUGACAUGACUGACAAGAGUGGAAACAUCCUUCCUGGAACUGUUGUGGACCGUCAGAUUUGCCAUCCUACAGAAUUUGAUUUCUACCUUUGUAGCCAUGCUGGCAUACAGGGUACUAGCAGGCCGACACAUUACCAUGUCCUUUAUGAUGAGAACCAUUUUACAGCUGAUGCACUUCAAUCCCUGACCAACAAUCUUUGCUAUACUUAUGCUCGAUGCACCCGUGCAGUGUCUGUGGUCCCACCAGCCUACUAUGCUCAUCUUGCUGCAUUCCGCGCACGGUACUACGUUGAAGGAGAGAGUUCAGAUGGUGGCUCAACCCCUGGCAGCAGCGGGCAGGCUGUGGCACGAGAGGGGCCUGUGGAGGUUCGCCAGCUUCCCAAGAUCAAGGAGAAUGUCAAGGACGUCAUGUUCUACUGCUGAGGAACCCAGGAGAUGUUGGGGAGGAGACCCCAAGAGAUGUGUGGUUGAGUGAAAAAUCCUGGAAGUUUUUUGGUUGAUAGACUUGUGUCCUUGGGCUUGGAGCUGGUUCUUGGUAGUUUCAUCUUCUGUUCCAAGUAUAGCCAGAUUGUGACUGAGCUUUUUGUGGUCUUUUAGGCCUUGACUCUGCUCGAGACAAUGCAAGUCUUUUACAAGUUC